GUGUCGGUGACAUUGACAGAGCAUGAUAUACCCAGCUCCAGUGCAACGCGCCAAGGUGCCUCCAUUCCGGACGGUCCGUCUCGAGGCGAUCGUGGGCUGCGUCUACGUCCUCUUUUCGCUGAGCUGCGGACUUUGGUUUCUCGUCUACUUGACGCCAUGCUUUCGCAACGAUCUGUGGUGGCCCGACUACAACUUGAGCGGUCACCAGGCGUUCCUUAUCGACGUGCUAAACCGAGUCCUAGCGACGACGCCCGAAGCCACAUUUCCCAUCACAAACUGUUUGUCUGGUGUGCAAAAGAGCUACAACGGGUCUUCGUCCGUCACGAAUGUCUACCCGACGUACCCCCGCCAGCUUGCUUUGCACGACCUCUCGUCCAUCGAGUACGCCGUGGCGAACCUUCGGCUCCUGAGCGCAAGCUGGUCCAUGCGCAUGAACACGCAGCACUGCUACGUCGACUUCAACCGAGCCUUCACCGUGGCCCACACAACAGAGCGAGCCGCGCGCUGCGACGCCAAGUACCGAACGAAUGGCGCCGUGUUCAUGGAGGCCACGCUGCGCAACAUCGACUGGAAUGACUUUGUGACGAUCUGGGCCGGGCCCAACAUGCCGUUCACCGUUGCGGUUCAGCUCGGCUUGGAAGAGACCGAAGCCGGUCGCCGUUGGCUCACGACCACCGCGUCUGCUCGAGCAAACACGAGUGUCGACGCCGAAAUCGCGUACUGGCGGUCAUUCAACAUUUCAAGGUUUGUGCUGCAGUGGCAGAACCGGUGGCAGACCGGCGUCACCGAGACGGUCGCACUUGAGAAUUCGCUCGGGAUGCAGCUGAGCACAACAAUCAAGAGUCUUUCACGCGUGACGGGCCCAUGGACGUCGCAAAAUCUCUUCUUCAUCCCGCUCAACGACCUCUGGGUCAUGCAGGGCCUCAACCGGAGCUUGGUCUGGGGCACGUCCAACUACGUAGGCGCCAACGUAAGUGCGUCCUUGCCAGCCAUCCCUGUCGAAGUAUGGAGUACCAACUAUGUCACUGGCGUCUUUGCAGCCCAAGCCGCGCUCUUCCAGUACGAGCUCGGACCGUUCCUGUCGGUGGAUGCGUUUUUCAGAGUACCGCCAGCGUCGCGAAUUGCCGCUUUUGAUGCGUUCCAGGCAGCCCUCGUUCCCCGCCUCGGCGUCGACCGGGCCCUAAGCGCCGCCUACCGCACAAUCCCGGCGGGCGCCUUGACGACGCCAACACCGCUUGCGUGGCGCAACUAUACGUUUUACGGCGGCAACCCCAUGUGCGUCUCGAGCCUGCCGACAUCGUUCGUGCAGCAGUCGUUCGACUUCUUCGAUGGGUGCACGCAAGAGACGCCCUUUUGGCUCUCACCGAGCCCCGCCGCAGUCGUGUUCGGCGUCGUUGCGACCGACGCGAGUAGCGCGGCGUGUGCUGCUGCUGGUGUGAACUGCUCUGCAGCCUCGCGGGCUCGCCAGCGCCUCGACUUGGCGCGAUCCGUCUUUGCAGCCGCCGCAAACGACGUGGUCGCCAUGGGUCUCGAGCACAUGCAGUACGCACGCUCGCCCAAUGGCACAUGGACCAUGCUGCACCAGCCGCUUCUGGACGCAGGGGACUUGGCGUGGACACUCGCGAGCUGGGUGCUGCUCCGCGAGUGGGUUCUCGGCAUCCGGGAGGUCGUCUCGUUCGAAGGCGACGUGCGCUCGCUCGUGUUGAUGUCGAACGCGUACGCGCCGACCGAGUACUCGACGAGUGGUCUUGGCCAAGUGUUGCAAAGCGCGACGCAGGUCGGCUGGUACCUCGUGCUCAUUGUUUCGUUGGCGCUCUGCGGCGUGGGUGCAUGGACUCUCUACUUGGCGUUCCAACGUGAUUUUCACAUUGUGGGACGCAACCUUGUCUGCUUCAACCGAACGGUUGGCGCGACGUGGGUUGGUCGGCCUCUUUGUCUCUUUCGCGGUCUUGCUGCCAUUUUGCUAUUAAGCACGUCGUCAGUCGCGCUUGACGCGUCGUUCGUCGUGCAGCUCCAGCCCUCGCCCCGGCCUUGGUACAUCGUCAUGCUCCUCGCGGGUGAAGCGUGCUGGGUCACCUACGUCCUCAACGAACUUGUCCUUGUGUUUGCUCGGGGACUUUCGGCCGUGCAUUGCCACGUCUCGAGCCUUCUCGUGUGGCUUAUUGUCGUCGCCAUCGAAGUGCUAUCGCCCGUAGCAGCGACCGCGACGCUGAACCGGCAGUGCACUAGCCAGAACAUGGAUUAUGUAGUCCACUGCGACUCGGGGAUCGUUCACAUUGGGCGCUUUCGACGCGUGCUGGACCUCGUGAGCAUUCAGCUCGUCGUCGUUUUCGGCGUUACCGUGGCCGCCAUGUGCUUCCAGAAACGUGUCGUAUAUCCUGUAUUGCCGCUGGCCGAGCCCAGUUUGCGCUUGUCCGGGGUCGCUCAUAUGUUUCUUCAACCCUUGCCAACGGCUGCGGCAGCGCAGACGUUCGACGCUGUCGGAAGCGCGCUCGCCUGUGUCAUCUUUUGCUCCUGCGGAUCGAUGCGGUGCUUCUUUGACAUCAAGCUUUGGAGGCUCCUCGUACCUGAAUGCUCUUCGUCGCCGACGGGGGUGCACCUGCUGAGCGCGCAGUUGCAGCGCGUGGAUGUCGACGUCGUUGCGCCAACAACGCGGUCGCGGCGUUGGCGCCGGUUGAUGGCUGUGCUUGGGCUUUUACACAUGCUCAUAUCCCUCGGCGGCAGUGUCUUGUACCUGGACGUGGCGACAACAGACUUGUCCAACAACUUUUAUUGGAGCGGGUUCAACGUCACGGGCGGUCACGCCUUUGUCGCGUCGUGGCUCACGGAGCAACUCGUGUUUGGACUUUCACUGCCACUGUCCUGUCGACUGGACGACAAGCACAUCAAUUUGAUCGGGGCGUUUGACGCCGAUGUUGCAUUCGUGGCGUCGCCGGCUAACUAUGGCGCUCGCCUGCAGCACUCGGUCUUGACCUCGAUCCAAGUGGCCAUCGAAGCCCUUCGCUCGAUCGAUGGCUGUGACGCGCCGUGGCUCUUUACCCCGUACUGCUACGUCGAUUGGAAUCAAACGUGGGAGAUGGCCGCAACCAGCACCCGCCAAGCACGCUGUCGAGCCAUGACGAGCAACGGCGCCGUCUACUUGGCAUCGCUGGUGCACAAUGUGGACAGAGCCAGAUUUACAGCAUGCUGGGGCAAAGCUUUUGACGUCGGUAUCGCGUCCGAGCUUCGGCGGUCGAUUGCCGGAGCCCAUUGGCUCUCGACGCCGCGCCGAAGUUUGAUCGACGAAGCAGACGUCUGGCGUCGCGCCAACGUCACGUACUACGACACACAGUGGCAAAACUUCAAGCACAUCGGCGUCUCCAGCAUGUACUCGAUUGUGAACGCCUAUGGUCUCGUGUAUCCCCUUACCCUUCAGCGCCAGAAUGGGUCCUACCGCUUCUCGAGCCAAUCCAGUUUCAAAAUGUACUGGGGCCUCGCCAACGACUUGAUGGCGGUAGUCGACAACUCGAGCACGAUCAACGGUUGCAGUCUGCUUCGAUUGAGUUCUGUCUUUGCGUAUGGCAACAACACGAUUGCAAGCGUUCUCGCCCAUAGCGCUGUGCUCUCGCUGCCGCUUUCGCAAGGUUUCAGCUUGCUCACAAACGUCCUCGGCCCCUUUGGAUCCGUCGAUAUGCUCUACAUCAGCGUCCCGAAGAGGGUGCUUGGCGCAGUUCGAAACCUCGUGGACCUUGUUCGCUUGAGUUUGACGCUGUCGACGCCAGCCCAGAUCGCGUAUGCCAAUAUUAUCCCACUGGACUCGUCGUAUCCCGUACCGCCACCGUGGCUCGGACGCGGAGGCGUCACGUUCGGCGCCUCGCCGCUGUGCCCAGACGUCGCGUACCCCUCAUCGGUCGACAUUGGACUCAACAAUCUGUUUUCGUUCGCCGAGCCAUGCGUACCGACAACAGGAGUCCUCGCCAGGAUAGAACCGUCACGACAACACUACGUGGUCGCAGCGGCGAUGGCGACUCCGAUGAACAUAUCGGCUUCGUGUGCGUUCGACCCAACUAACUAUGAGGCGUGUCGAGCGUACCUCGGUCAAACGCAGGCCUUUCUGACGACGUACGUGCCGUCUGCAGCGCCGGACGUGGAUGUGACCCACGCUCUUCAAAGUUUGGAGAUUGGAUUUAUCAACUAUGGAUACCUCGACGGCGCGCCGCCGCUGCAGCUUUUGCACGCAAAGCUACUGGACGAGCCAGCGUUUGGCUUUUUCGCGUGGCUCUUUCUCUACGAAUGGGUUGCUGGGGCGCGGGAAGUUGUAGCGUUUCAAGGCGACGCAGGCAACAAUCUAACGCUCCUCACGAACCUCCAAGACCCCCGCCGGGAGUCCGUUCAGGCUCACGACGUGCCCGUCAAUUUGGCGCAGUACGCUCGUGGCUGUCUUAUCUACGUGACGUUCACAAUGAUCACGAUCGCAGCAUUCGUGGUUUUCUACGCCUUGCGGAGCUGUGGCCACGUCGAAGGCACCAACAUGUUCAAAUUCGGACACCCUCACCGCCAGUGCAUGCUUUCUACGGCGUCGCCAACCUUGCAUUUUACCGGCGUCAUCAGCGUCUUUUACGACGACCGCCCGUGGUACAAGCUUGUGCUCGCAGCCAACGAGGUCACGUGGCUUGCGUCCAUCAUCAGCGAUCUCUUGCUCGUUCUCACGCGCGAGUACACGUCGUACUACCUCUCGGUGCAUAAUGCGGUCGUGUGGGCCAUCGCCGCGCUCCUGACAACGACGGCGCCCGUUGAGCACCGAGUGGCGAUUGACCUGCGCUGUUCUGCGACGGCUCUGGACUUUGACGUCGCGUGCGAUGCAGGCGUCAUCUACAUUGGCCAAGCCACUCGCCUCUUGACGCUCGUUGGUCUCGUGCUCGUGUCCAAAGUGCUACUCUCGGCCGCAGCCAAGUGGCGCGUCGGUGUGUCCCCAGCGCCCGUGGCUCACAGCCUCUUUCUCUCGGCGGGCGCGACGUACCUCUUCAAGCACGACCACCGCACGCACAAUGGCGUCUACUACCUCGACCGAGCUUCCGCGGUCAUGGACGGACUGCUCACGCUGCGUGGCGCACACGGUGUCGUGUACGUUUUGGACUGCAAGUCGUGGCGCGUUCACCUUCCGUCCAAACUCGAAGCCUUGCCCCGGUGCACGUCCAUCGCGCCGCCGGUGCUCGACUUGUCCAGCGCCGACACGGCGGUGUUUCGUCCCGAGUUUUGCACGACGCCGCAGGAUAUCAAAGCCACAACGCGACCGUUUAGUGCAUCGGCGACAACCGACAACGUCUUUGCUGUUGUACACUACGGGCGUGGAUUCGAGCACCUCGGACACCCUACCCCGACGACAUUUGUCGUGCUGCGACCGACUCGGCGGCUGGACGUAGCGACGGCCUGUGAGUUUUGGACCUGCCCCGCGGGCGAGCGUCGGGUCUACGAUGGGCUCUACACCCCGUUCGGCGCAACACGCGUUGUCGAGCAGAGCGCAUCGCCCAUCUACAACGAGAUGAUUGCCGCCAACGUCCCGUCCAGUGUGCGCACCCGCGGUGUGUGGGGUGUCGUGCUCGAGAUCAUCGCCAAGAGUCUUGAUGGCCAAGAUAUGCUUCUCGCGGCAGUAGCCAUGCCCGUCGAGUAUCUUCCGUUGGACUCGGAGGCGUCGAUGGAGCUGCAACUGCCGCCAGCAUCGAGCGCGUUCGCCGCGUCGGCGAGCCUCCUGGUGACGUUUUUUCGAACCCACUUGCUGAGGCCUCCUCUGCACCGGGCCGAACUAACGUUGGAGAGCAUUGGGUCAAAUGCAAUGCACCCAAGCCUCGUUGACGACAAGACGAGGCUCCGACUCGAGAUUUUGGACGCUGGUGCCGCGGGAACGGCAAGGACCGUCGAUGCGCCGCUCCCAGCGCCCGUCGUUGAUUCCGCCGAUGCCCUACGAAGUUGGCAGCCUAUUUCAUGGCGCCUCACCCCCGGAGGUCGCUGGGACGCCAGUGCGUACCACUGGCAGUACCCAAUAACGUUUGAUUGUGCGACGCUGGCACUCCGGAUCCAGUGCUCGGUGUACGCACCAAAUCUUAAGGGCGAGAUGGUAUGUGUCGGAGGCAGUCUUCCGGUCACUGUGUCGCCUCCGCGAGCAACCUCGUCCGAGGCGAAAACCACAGUGGGCAUUCCGCUUCAAAUGCACUCGGCGCCCUACUCGCUCGUCCUGCGCGCAUCGCUCCGUAUUUGGACCAGUGACGACUCCUUUCGAAGCGAGCGCGUCAUGUGCACAAAUCGAACGAUCCUCAAGACACACGCGUGGAUGGGCGCGAUCGCAAGAGGCCUCAACCGCCACCCGAUUUCGUCAGUUGUUGACACCGGAGGCAUCUCUGGCGUCGUGGCGUCGCUCUUCCGAGACGGCGCUAUCGAGACCAGGAUACCAGAGCCUCGCAUCUUGGAGCUCGCUCCCCUCGACCACUUGUCAGAGAAAGUUCCACUGAGCGAUAGUGGGCCGCCGCCGCUGGUCGCAACACCGCGUGACGACAUGCGAGAUCAACUGCAAACGCUAUCGACGGAGCUACGGUCCAAGCAGGCCACCAUCGAGAAGUUGCACGUGGAGAUGGACAAGCGGACGCAAGCACUUCGAACCUGCGGCACGGAAAUCGUAGAUCUUCGAAAAACGCUGCAAAGGAAGGACCAGCUACUGCAGACGCUUCAGGUCAAAAUCAACAAUUACGAAGCCCUCGAGCAGCGCCAACAAGAGGAGCUGCAGCUAUGCUUGGAAGGCAACCGCCUCACGACCAGCAACAUGCCGUUGCUAGCGCAGCACUACCGGAAGCUCCAAACCAAGUACAACGACCUCGACCAAAGCCAUCGCGACCUCACGCAGAAGCUUCUCGCUUGCCGCAAUUUUGAAGCCGAGCUCUUGGCCGUCCAGACCAAGCACCGCGAAAUGGAAGCUGCCCACGUCGCACAAGCAGCCUACGUUCAGAAAUCCCAGCGCGAAAUGCAAAAAAUUAGCGUGUACAAGCAAACCAUUAGUACGCAAGAGAGCGUCAUCGCCAAGCUCGAGAAGCUCGUCGACACCAAGCUUGCCGAAGCCAAGGCCAACUCAAUUGGCCCGAAUGUUCAUGCCGAGAUUUUUCGCCUGCGUCUCGAAAACGCCUUUUUGAAGGAGCAAGCCACGUACUACAACAUUGUCUUGUUCACGUCCGAUAACAACUCGGCGCGGACGAUGGCGACCAAACCGAUGGUUCCACCAUUACGACCACCUCGACAGGCCAACGGCGAGGCCUCCAGCGACAGCAUUCGGGAUCAACCCCCACCGCCAAAGCCGUUUUUGCCAGCCAUCGUGGCACGCGCAGACAAAGCCGUCAACACGGAGACCCCAGCGACACUGUCAAGCCCACCUUCGACUGACGACAAUAACGUGCUCGGGGUGCGGGUGCGAGUGUUAGAGGACCAACUGCGCGUGAUUGCGACCAACGCCGCCCAAGAGAUUGCACAGCUCAAGGCAGCACUCUUUGAACACGAAAUGGGCGCGGUUUGGUAG